UGUAUUGGAAAAAUAGCGGAAAAAGUGUUUUCAAAAUGUUUGAUCACGUAAUUGUCACUGCUCCGUUAGGUCUUGUCCGUCAUUGGGAUUUACCUUUAAAUUAUGCAUUCGCAGGAAAAAUAUUUCUUCAAUUCAAAUCACGUUUUUGGGAAAAACCUCCUAAUGAAACUGGUGCUAAUCCUACAACUUCUAAUGUUGGAAUUAUUGGUGGUAUUACACACACUGACCUUCCUAUUCGUCAGUUGAUUUAUCCUUCAUAUUAUCAAAAUAUGUCUGCUGAUAAUCCUGGUGUCCUUUUAGCAUCUUAUACUUUCAAUAAUGAUGCAGUAAAAUAUGGUCAAUUCAGUGAGGAAGAACGAUUUGAACUCGCAUUAAAAGAUUUAGCAACUAUUCAUGGUGCUAUUGUAUAUAAAGAGUGGAUUCCAGGUAAAAAACAUAAUAAGGCUCAAUAUUGGUCGAAUGAUAGAACUAUCGGAGGUGCUUAUGCUGAAUAUGCAGUCUCACAAAUAAAAUCACUGGGUGCCAUGAUGAGGCCGGAAGAAUCUAUUCAUUGGAGUGGGGAACAUACUGACUUACAUUGGGGUUGGACUGUUGGUGCUUUAAAUUCUGCAGUAAGAGUAGUCAGAGAAAUACUGCUUGAAAAUUUAAUGGGUGAUAAAUGGUCUGAAUUAAAUAAUACAAGAUUAUUAAAAUAUUGGAAUGGAAAUCUUAAUGCUUUUGAAGGCUAUUAA